AUGGCGCAUUAUACGACUACCGGCAGCCAAGUGACCGGCACUGGAGCAUGUGUGGAUGCCACAGUGGCUGAUGUGGUCUUCUUGGUGGACAGUUCGGGCAGCAUUGGCAAUGCCAAUUUCCAGGAGGUCCGAGAGUUUCUCCAGAACGUGGUGUCUGGUUUGAACAUCGGUCCUGACAAUGUCCGCGUGGGUUUGGCACAAUACAACCAAAACCCUGUUCUAGAGUUCUCGUUGCUAGAACUCGCGGAUAAGAACUCUCUGCUGGCCGAACUGGGUAACCUCCCCUACCUGGGGGGAGGUACACAGACAGGCAGGGCCAUCGACUUCAUCCGGACGCAGCUGUUCAACGAAAACGCAGGAAGCCGAGCGAGCCAGGGGGUGCCUCAGAUCGCCGUGGUCAUCACAGACGGAGUCUCCGGCGACGACGUAGUUCAGCCUGCGAUGCGCCUCAGAGAACACGGGGUCACCGUCUUCGCGAUCGGAGUGGGAGGAGCCAAUGUGAACCAGCUGGAGGCCAUCGCGAACCAACCGUCUGAGGACUUCCGAUUCUUGAUCGACAACUUCCAAUCUCUUCAGAACGUGAGCGAGGUUGUCCUGGAAAACGUAUGCGAAUCUAUUAUCAACCCCCCCCCGACGCAAGAAUGUGUGAAUGCCACAGUGGCUGAUGUGGUCUUCUUGGUGGACGGUUCGGGCAGCAUUGGCAAUGCCAAUUUCCAGGAGGUCCGAAGGUUUCUCCGGACCGUGGUGUCUGGUUUUGACAUCGGUCCAAACAAUGUCCGCGUGGGUUUGGUACAAUACAGCUCCGACCCUGUUCUAGAGUUCUCGUUGCUAGAACUCACGGAUAAGAACUCUCUGCUGGUCGAACUGGAUAACCUCCCCUACCUGCGAGGAGCUACAGAGACUGGCAAGGCCAUCGACUUCAUCCGGACGCAGCUGUUCAACGAAAGCGCAGGAAGCCGAGCGAGCCAGGGGGUGCCUCAGAUCGCCGUGGUCAUCACAGACGGAAGCUCCGCCGACGACGUAGUUCAGCCUGCGAUGCGCCUCAGACAACACGGGGUCACCGUCUUCGCGAUCGGAGUGGGAUUCGCCAAUGAGAUCGAGCUGGAGGCCAUCGCGAACCAACCGUCUGACAACUUCCUAUUCUCGAUCAACGACUUCCAAUCUCUUCAGAACGUGAGCGAGGUUGUCCUGGGAAACGUAUGCAAUAUCAUUAUCAACCCUCCCCCGACGCAAGAAUGUGUGAAUGCCACAGUGGCUGAUGUGGUCUUCUUGGUGGACGGUUCGGGCAGCAUUGGCAAUGCCAAUUUCCAGGAGGUCCGAAGGUUUCUCCGGACCGUGGUGUCUGGUUUUGACAUCGGUCCAAACAAUGUCCGCGUGGGUUUGGUACAAUACAGCUCCGACCCUGUUCUAGAGUUCUCGUUGCUAGAACUCACGGAUAAGAACUCUCUGCUGGUCGAACUGGAUAACCUCCCCUACCUGCGAGGAGCUACAGAGACUGGCAAGGCCAUCGACUUCAUCCGGACGCAGCUGUUCAACGAAAGCGCAGGAAGCCGAGCGAGCCAGGGGGUGCCUCAGAUCGCCGUGGUCAUCACAGACGGAAGCUCCGCCGACGACGUAGUUCAGCCUGCGAUGCGCCUCAGACAACACGGGGUCACCGUCUUCGCGAUCGGAGUGGGAUUCGCCAAUGAGAUCGAGCUGGAGGCCAUCGCGAACCAACCGUCUGACAACUUCCUAUUCUCGAUCAACGACUUCCAAUCUCUUCAGAACGUGAGCGAGGUUGUCCUGGGAAACGUAUGCAAUAUCAUUAUCAACCCUCCCCCGACGCAAGAAUGUGUGAAUGCCACAGUGGCUGAUGUGGUCUUCUUGGUGGACGGUUCGGGCAGCAUUGGCAAUGCCAAUUUCCAGGAGGUCCGAAGGUUUCUCCGGACCGUGGUGUCUGGUUUUGACAUCGGUCCAAACAAUGUCCGCGUGGGUUUGGUACAAUACAGCUCCGACCCUGUUCUAGAGUUCUCGUUGCUAGAACUCACGGAUAAGAACUCUCUGCUGGUCGAACUGGAUAACCUCCCCUACCUGCGAGGAGCUACAGAGACUGGCAAGGCCAUCGACUUCAUCCGGACGCAGCUGUUCAACGAAAGCGCAGGAAGCCGAGCGAGCCAGGGGGUGCCUCAGAUCGCCGUGGUCAUCACAGACGGAAGCUCCGCCGACGACGUAGUUCAGCCUGCGAUGCGCCUCAGACAACACGGGGUCACCGUCUUCGCGAUCGGAGUGGGAUUCGCCAAUGAGAUCGAGCUGGAGGCCAUCGCGAACCAACCGUCUGACAACUUCCUAUUCUCGAUCAACGACUUCCAAUCUCUUCAGAACGUGAGCGAGGUUGUCCUGGGAAACGUAUGCAAUAUCAUUAUCAACCCUCCCCCGACGCAAGAUCCCGGCACAUCAGAUGAUCUCGAGAUUCAAGGAAGAGUGUACCUGCAUAUAAAAGCUCAGGUUAAUUUUACCCUGGGAGUUAAUGUGACAGAAAUACUCCAACAAUUCAUCAUGAAUGCUACUCGUGAGUUCUGUGACGACUGCCAACUUGACUUUAAUUCUACGACGGUGACCCAGUCACCCUGAUGGAGGUUUAACCUCUCCGCGUGCAAGAGGGUAGAAGCCCACUCUUCUUUUGUUUGUCAAUCAUGGCGUGUGCUUAUAUGCACAGGGAUGACUUUAAUGCAUGCUCAUGUGAAGCUAUGACAAUAAAAGAGCUCAGCACAGA